CGCAUACAUUGGGGACCACGAACCGGUCGAUUCGAGAACCGUGUGCAUUCACCAUCCAGACCGUCGUGGCGCAUCCAUGAUGGACUGGCGACCACAUUUCGCUUCGCCAGGUCCAUUCAUUCAACUCGCCAGCCUGGUCUACGAAAUGAACAGCUGAGAGACACCAAACAAAGCCUCGCAUUCAAUCUCAUGGUGCUGCAGCGUUCAAGUCCUCACGAGCCAUCGCCGGGUGUCGACAUCAAUGUUGCGGAAGCACCCGCAUUGGAAUGGCCGCCGCAUGUUCGACCAUACUCAAUUAGUAUUACUAUUCGUUUACUAGGACCCGUGCUCAUACAACCACAUACAACCUCUCCUUAUUAAUAACCUGUAACAAUGGGUUCGACGUGCAUCCUUCGCGGUAUCUUCGCUCAUGAUGCCAAGAUCCGAACGUGGCGAUGCGGCAGCGAACGAGCUCUUUGCCAGCGACGAGCCUCUUCUGGAGCUUCCUUCCAUCAGCAACCUGCCUAGAAAGCCCAAGAUGAACUCUGGAGAUCGCGCUUGUCUCUUUGUCUUCUGCAUGGUGGGUCUGUCAAUGUGCUUCGUUGGGCCGGCAGUGAUGUUCACCGACACCAACCGAGCCGUUGCCCUGCCCGCCCUCGCCAAUCCAAACGACACAAACAAAUGGGAUAAACACGAGAGCCUUCUCAAGCUGACAUGGCAUGCAUGGCAAGACCGGCUGGAUUCGCCUCGGCCAUCGAUGAAAGCGCCGCAAAUCACAGACUUCCCCCCGUUUCCAAGUUUCCUCUACACAUUUUACAGCCACGAAAUGCGCCCGGUGCGGCCCAAUCCAAGCCUUUCACUACUCUCGGCAUCUGCUGACCCAGUUGUUCUCGUUAUACAAGCUGGCGAGGCGCAAGUUGUGUCGACCGUUCGAGCAGGGGCAUCGACACUGAAGGCUCAGUUGAACGUCUCGGACACCAAACCUUCAAUCCUUGUUCUAGCAACUCGAAGCGACGAAGCUGUAUCGAGCGUCCAACUGGAUGACGUGCCGUUGGUGAAUUGGACAUGCAUGCCUGGUUUGGCAGGGGAGCAAUCGCUCGUCUUUCAACCGAAUCAUUUGCAUUCGGUGAAUUGGACGACGGCCACGGACAACCUGGGGCCAUUCACUUGGUUCUACUCGACGUUCCAUGCGAGUGGUUUGCAGGCAUCGCGGGUGCUUCGAGUUCGCGCAAAUGGACUCGUCGCUGGAUACGUUUACUUGAACGGGGUACUCUUGGGUCGGUACAACGGCACGUUCGAACGGCGCUUUGCCGUGGACGUUCUGGAAGACAACACGAUCGCAAUGGUCGAAGAAGUGAGCGCGAGGAGCAUUCACGCAGUUGAAAUUCAUCUGGAGUGACCAACAACUUUAUAUAUCCCCGACCAUCUCUGUCCGUCAUUUCUAAUCUUUUAGCCCGUCAAACCGAGCUCGGGUCUACGAUGCACAUACGACGAUGGUUAGAAUUGGCACAAUACCAGGGCGUCCGUACGAUUUGGUUGAUUUUAUCACGUUUCGAAGCAGCUUGGCCUCCCGGGUUCGGCGCCAGCGUUCCGCCACCUGCACCACCUGAUGAGCCACACUUUGCCAAGCGAAAGGUAACAUACCGAGACCGGACGUGUCUCCCGACGUCUUCCCAACGGCUGCCACCGGCGCGGUGAUUCCAG